GGGGGGAGGGGGUAUAAAUUUCGGGCAAGUGUGGCGCUCUCAUUCGAUGGUGGCCUCGCCUCUCACAGCCAUACGGAGAGAUCACACACGGGAAAGAAAGGGAGUCCAGUCCAGCAUCAAGCUAAGCAAGCGAGCUAGAGCUUAGCGCCAGUUCUCCAGUACUCCCGAUCGGCCUCUCCUUUUCCGCUCCCCGCUGCUGAAUCUCGUCUCCGGCUGCUCGUGGCGGCGGCGGCAAUGGAGGAGCAGCUGAGCCCGGUGGCGGUGACGCACCUGCUGCAGCACACGCUCCGGAGCCUCUGCACCAGCGACGCCUCGCAGUGGGUCUACGCCGUCUUCUGGCGCAUCCUCCCCCGGAACUACCCUCCACCCAAAUGGGAUCUCCCAGGUGUGGCGUAUGACAGGACCAGAGGAAACAGGAGGAACUGGAUCCUGGCGUGGGAGGACGGCUUCUGCAACUUCGCGGCCACCACCUCUGCAGCCGCCUGCGGCCAAGAGGGCGCAGGCGGCGCCGCAGCUGCAUACGCGGACUGCGAGGCUGCCGCCGCAGCUGCGCAGGAGGCCAAGCAGGGCCUGGGCCUGGGCCUGCAGCCUGAGCUCUUCUUCAAGAUGUCCCACGACAUCUACAACUACGGCGAAGGGUUGAUAGGGAAAGUGGCGGCGGACCACAGCCACAAGUGGAUCUUCAAGGAGCCCCCCGAGCAGGAGAUCAGCCUCAUCUCCUCCUGGAGCAACCCCGCCGACUCCCAACCGAGGACAUGGGAGGCGCAGUUCCAGUCUGGAAUCCAGACCAUCGCGCUGAUCGCCGUCAGAGAGGGCGUCGUGCAGCUCGGCUCCAUGAAAAAGGUGGCGGAGGACCUGAGCUACGUGGUGACGCUGCGCCGCAAGUUCGGGUACCUGGAGAGCAUCCCGGGGGUGCUGCUGCCGCACCCCUCGUCGGCCGGCGUGUUCCCGGUGGCGGACGUGGCCGCCGCGGGCUGGCCGGGCAUGAUGCCGCCGCCGGACAUGUACGUCGACCCCUACGUGCCCGGGCCGGCGCCCAUGCACAUCAUGCCGUCCAUGAGCAGCCUCGAGGCGCUGCUCUCCAAGCUGCCGUCGGUGGUGCCGGCGCCCCCGCAGCCGCCGGGGUCCAUGCCGGGCGUGGCGCCGCCCUCGGACGCCGCGGCCAAGGAGGAGGCGGAGGAGGACUACAACGCCCACUGCCACGCCAUGGACAUGUCGUCCGUGCCGAGCAACGGCGGCGAGAGCACGAGCACGAGCGCCGCCGCCAACGCCGCCACUCCCAUGUCGUCCUACUUCCUCGACGUGGGCGGCAAGCCCAGCGAGGCCGGGUUCUAGGCCGGACAUCCACGGCCGCCGCCGCCGCCGUCGUCGUCGUCGUUCUCGUGUUGAUGGCUUCUAGCUAGUGUAAAAUCAAUUAAUCGAUCAUAUUAUUACCA